AGCCGUAACCUGCUAAUGCCGCGUUUGGAUGGCGACGAGGCCUUUCACUUCCUCCCUCUCCUCCUCUUAUCCCCAAAUCAACCAUCAUCGCCUACAAUGGCCUCUCCUCUCCUCUUGCUCACCCUCACUCUCUCUCUCCUCUCGCUCUCUCUCCUCCUGUUCUCUCUCCACCGCCGUCUCCGUAAACCCGACGCCCACGAUUCCAACGAUCCCAAUUCCACCCUGACCCACUCGCUUCUCCUCGAGAUCUUGCCCUCCAAUUUGAACGCCGACCGCGCCGAUUCCGGCGGCGAGGACCGUGCCAAGAGGAAGAAGAAGAGGAGGCCGAAGAGGAAGAAGCCGAGAGUGGGAGAUGGCGGCGAGAAGGAAGGGUUGGGGUUGAAGGAGAAGCAGGAGCUGGUGUGCUUGUAUCCUUUCACGUCGUCGUCCAGCGCCACGCAGAGGAAGAUCAAGCAGCAGUAUGAUCAGCUCGUCAAGUCGCACGAGUCCAAUGGCCUGACGCUGGCUCAGGUUGGAGAAUUUGUUAAUUGCUUGAUUGAGGCAAGAAAUGAGCUGCAGCACAAGUCUGAUGUCAUCCAGCGGAAGUUCACCAUAACCAAGGCCCUACUACUUAAGGCAGACAGAUCUUCAUUUGACCGCCUCCGUCAACAGAUAUACAAGCUAGAAUUAGAACAAAAGAGGUUAGAAGAGGACGCGUUUGUAUAUAACUGGCUCCAGCAACAGCUUAAGCUCUCACCAGCAUAUAAGAAGAUGCUCGAAAUCAGUGUGAGCAUGGAGUUGAAAGCCAAAUCCCGUGAGCUCUCAGAAAGUGCAGAUGCUGAUCAGUUUAAAGAUGAUAUCUCAUUUGAAGAACUAUUAGCACGAGAAAAGAAGGAUUCUUUCUGGCAGAAAAACAGGAAACCCAGGCCAUGCUCGGGUUGAUGACAGUAUUUCUUGCUAACCUUCACUUCACUAAACCACUGACAGCUGAAUGUACAUCCAGUCCUCGGCUUCCACAGGUUCCUUAUAAAAAACGUCAUUUUGUUUUCCUUUAUGGGGUUUCCCGCCAGCGCGGCCGGCGGCCGGCCGGGUCGAAUCCUCUAGUCUCCGAACCAAAAAUAUUGUAUACUGUGGCCAGUGGCCUUCGCUAAUAGCUGGAUAAUUUUUGCUCAGCAUUCUCAGUGCAGUUGAACUUUGUUAAUAUGAUCGCAUUCUCAUCU